CUCAUUCAGUCCAUCACAAGAGGCGCAGAAAAUAUUUAAAGCCAAACACGGAAUGGACGCCGAAGUGACCAAAUCUAAGUUAUUAGGCUUUGGGUUUGAACUAUUAGAGAACGUGGACCCGAAUCCUGAGAACUUUGUGUGCGCGGGUAUUGUGCACAGUAAGGCUGUUCAGGUCGGCGUUCUCCUCAGACUCGAGCCCAAUAUGCCGGCGCAGAUGUAUCGAUUGACGAUUAGGUCGAGCAAAGACACGGUUUCCCAACGUAUUUGUGAAUUACUUUUCGAGCAGUUUUAAUAUAUUUUGCAAAAUAUUCAUUAAAAUGAUCACAAAAAACAAAACACUUAAAAACAGAAAGAAUUGCAAAAUUAGUUAUAAACCAAAGAAUAUGCGAUUCUUAUGAUUAAUUUUGACAUUAAUUACAAACCGAUAAUAAUAAUCAACUGGUUUUUGAAGUUAAUAAUUAUAUGAUUUCUAAAAUUUAUAGGAUUGAGAGCACAGUUGAGUGGAAACAAAAUGUUAAACAAAAACUAUAUUUUACAAGAAUAUUAUCUUUUCGUUUGUAUUUCUGAAUCUAUUGAGCGAUCAUUUGAUUGAAUUCAUUCAUUCAUUAUCACUAUAUAAAUGACUUAUUCAUCGAAAUAGACGAUUGAUUUUCUAACGAAUCGAUUGCAUAAUAAGUAAUAACUUAUCCAAACAUUUUUCUGUGUGAAAAGUCUGCUCUUUUCUGACGUGUUUUUAUUUGUUUAAUAAUUUAUAAAUUCAAAAGUGAUGUUAAAAAUGGAUUUUAUUUUCAAUUUAUGUGAC